GAUUCAUGGGGGAAAUUUCCAUCCAGUGUGUUGCGAGGAAAUAUCAUCCAAUUUGGAAAUUUUGACCAGUGCAUAAGGACCAAUGAGCGUUACUGUCUUCUCACUCUCUCACUCCCUAAGCUGAAGGCAUUUGACCAUCUCAUUCACUCGCAUCAUAUCCUAGCCAGUACCAUGGAAGAUUCAGGCCACCGUGUCCCAGUAAGCUUCUCGUUGGUGCAGUGGGGUGUAUGUGUGCCCAGCUCUUGUGGGGCGACAGACAUUGAGUCAGCACUUCGCUCCAAUGUGGCUACACACGCUCAUGCAAGCGGGGUCGAAGUCAGGGUGGAAGACAAGAUGUGUCAAGCCAGGGUAGACCCUUUGCCUGCUCCCAAGUAUGGCAUGAGGAUUGCCUUAUUGGUGUUUGGCAUACUGAUAUCAUCAUGUAUAGCUGCCACGUUACUAGACAGUGAUAACUACAGAGCAAGGAGACCUAACAGUGCUCUGAUGUGUUUUUCUCUGAAGAAAAACUGGAAAAAACUGACAGACACUGAGACCAGCAAUGCAGAAGACAUCGACUGUCUGAAUGGAGUGAGAUUUAUGAGCGCUCUCGCUCUACUCUUCUCUCAUAAGCAGAUGGGUCUAAUGUUUCUGCCCUACAUCAACCGCACUGAUUUAGCUGAGAUAACUGGUAUGGCAUGGUCAACAAUUGGCAGAACAGCUAUUAUUCACACGGACGCUUUCAUAUUCAUGAGUGGUCUCCUAACUGCAAGAAGUUUUUUGAAUGAACUUAGCCGCAAAGGAAAACUGGACGUCAAAUCAAGAUUAAUCUCAAGAAUUUUCAGGCUGAGUCCCAACUUGAUGGCUGUAAUUCUGUUUGCCACAUGGAUAUUUCCGAAUAUCAACUGGGGUCCCCUCUGGCCUCAAGUUGUUACAACACACUCCCAACUCUGUCGCAAAUAUUUCUGGCGAAAUAUGCUCUACAUUCACAAUUUCUUCCCCUUUGAAAAGAUGUGUCUCACUCACACCCAUCAGUUGGGUAUGGACAUGCAGCUAUUCAUAGCAUCUCCUCUCCUUGUCUACUGUAUGUGGAGGUGGCCCAAGAGAUCGGUGCUAGGCUUACUAACGGCUGCAUCCUUAUCAACCAUGUUUAGAUACAACGCAACCAUUGAACACAAUCUCAGUCCUAUUGUGCACUAUGGAGUGUCAAUAGCCCAGUUGAUGAGGACUGCAGAUUUGUCUUAUAUCCGGCCAACACACAGAGCUACUGUUUAUAUAAUGGGAAUUUUCUUUGCCUAUUACCUGCAUUUGAGAAGGAAUCAGCCACCACUUAUUAUGUCUAAGAUGACAGUAGCAUUUGGAUGGCUGUUUGGUCUUACAUUGGGACUUGUGGUGUUGAUUGGUCCCUACAACACGGCUCUCCUGGGAUAUGUUUAUGAUCCAGUUGAAGCAGCCAUCUACUCAGCCUUCUCUCCCAUUCUAUGGUGCACAUUUAUCUCAUGGGGAGUGAUGGCUUCUCAUUAUGGUUACGGAGGUUGGUUUGGAAAGUUUCUGUCGUGGAAAUAUUUCAAAGUGUUCACUCGACUGGCCUAUGCCAUCUACUUGACUCAGUUUCCAGUUUUCUUCUACAAUGUUGGAACAACUAAGGCGGCUCUAUAUUAUUCAUCACUCGAUUUGUUUAAUUUCAGUGAAUUCGGUGUGAUUGUUUUCCUAUCAGUUGCACUCACAUUAUUGGUUGACCUGCCGUUCCAGAAUUUACGAAGAGUUUUGCAAUCAAGAAAAGCAGCCAACACCAAAGAAAACCUUGUUGAAAAAUGUGACUCCAGUGAGGCAGUCUUCUCGAAAAACACGGGAAACGCUACAAAUGACAAUGAAGCAGCUAUAAACAGAGAUUCAGACCUCAGAAGGAGACAAGGCUCGAUAAGGGACAUUGGAACCAAUCUAUAAAUAAUUGAACCUGAUAUUAGAUUUUAGUUUAGCUUGUAAGUUAUUGAACACUAUUUUUAAAAUUUGUAAAAUAAAACCAUACGACUGAGA